GUGAAUGAGUUCAGUGACGGACAGACAAACGGAUCCGUUUCCAUGGUAACAGGUCGGCUGCAGCACUGCAGGGCGUCAGCCUCCAGCUAGCGUGUAGCCCGGUCCUGGUCCAGGCUCUAGUCCUGGCUCUAUAGUUCGAGUAUAUAUCCCCGGAUUCUGGUCUUCUUUUAAGUCCCCAGGUCUGCAGUCUGGUCUAUACCUCAGCAGCAGGUCUGUCAUACAUACAGGACCCAGGAGGACCAGGACUCCAUUCAUUUUAAAGGACCCACGAAGCGGGCUGCAAGGAGGCCGGACCGGGUCUGAGAUUCUGCAGGAUCUUCGGGUUACACACACACACACACACACACACACACACACACACACACACACACACACGCAAGUGAACUCUGGAGUGUGGGAGCGAGCAGCCGAACUGAGCCUCUCCUGAAGUGGUCUCUGCUGGACUCAGAGAGGACCCUGUCCGUGGGAAUCAUUGCGAGGCUCUGACAGGCUGAUGAUGAGCUUUAAACGCAGGUCGGCGUGACGCGCCGCGCCGCACCGCACCGCGCCGCACCGCACCGCGUUGCACCGCGCCGCACCGGAGGAGAGAGCUGGAGGAUGGAGAGAGGAGAUUCAUCUCAGAGGAGAGGGAUCCGGAUCACUCAGGGUGCGCCGAACUAAAGGAGACACCGUGUGGACCGUGAGGGGUUCAGGUCUUUGAGGAUCCUGGAUUUAAUCUGUGUGUAUUAUGAAAUACUCUCUGCGGGUCCAGGUCUGAUCGGACUCUGCCGGACUGAGACUCUGAAAGUGUUUUUUAUCUGUAGGCUCGUGUGAAACUCUUCAUCUAACUGGAUCCAUGUUACAUAAAACUGUUCCCUCUGAAUACAGAAUCCGGCUCAAGGCUUCAUCCGCAUCAGACCGGAUUCAGGUUGGAAGAGAUCCAGCUGAUGGUCUGUGACAGCAGGUGGGAUCUGCUCCCCGCUCCACUCUUCAAAGUGGGGAUCCUGUCUUUAUGAUGGGAGCUGAGAGGGUGUGAUGUGAGCCGAACUGAAGACAGGAGUCUGGAGCUGUGGUCCCUGGUCUCUCUGGGUCUCUGGUGGAUUCUUCUGAGUCCAGAUCUUAAAGAAACUUUUUAUUGUAUUACAUUUUUAAACUGAGUCUGGUGUGACGUCCCUCCGCCCGCGAGACCCGAGCUGGGAUCUCCUUGGAAACGGUUAGUAACUCCCCCCCUCCUCCUCCUCGUCCUCCUCCUCCUCCUCCUACCCCCCCCUCCCCGCCUCCAUCAGGGAUGGUUGGUGCUGAGACCCUCCGCCUGCUCUCCCACUGACUCCACCUGAUCACAGGGUCCAGAUGUUCUCCAGCAGGAUGACUGGGAGUCAGUCCAGCCUGCUGCUCGCACAGCUGGAGGAGCUGCACGAGCUCGCCUUCAUCGAGAGACCCAUCCGCAGGAGCCUCAAGACCGCAGAGGAGAUCGAUCAGCUGACUGUGGAUGAAGACCUGAAUGACAUCGAGAGAGCUGUGUACCUGCUCAGUGUGGGUCAGGAGGUGCAGAGAGCGAGCGUCAUCAGUAACCUGCCGAUCCUCGUCCGCCAGAAUCCGGCUGAGACGUUUCGUCGGGUUGUUCCGAAGGUCCGGGAGGUCCUGAACGGAGCAGGAGCCGAAAUCCAGCUCGCAGCAGCAGCCUCCUUUUUAACCAUCCUGCAGGAUGACAUCAUCCUGAUCCACACCCACACCUACUCCAUCCUGAAGACCGUCCUGCUGCACCUUAAUCACAGGGACACAGUGGUGAGUAACGCCUGGUUGGAAACGUUGCUGUCAGCCAUCAACUCUCUCCCCAAAGAGACCAUCAAACAAGAGGUACUGAACCCUCUCCUCUAUCAACCCCAGCUGUCUCACUCUCUUCAGGCUCGUCUGUCCAGCUGCAGAAUCUUAGGGAAGAUCGCCAGCAAGUUUGAUUCUCACCUGGUGAAGAAGGAGCUGCUGCCUCUGGUCCGCUCUCUGUGUCAGGACAUGGAGUUCGAGGUGCGAGCCUGUAUGUGCCGUCAGCUGGAGAGCAUCGCCCGGGCGACAGGGGUGGACGACACCAAGACCGAGCUGCUCCCCGAGCUGUUGGAACUCACUGAUGAUGAGGAGAGCAACGUCCGCCUCGCCGCCUUCGACACCAUCAUCAACCUGAUGGAGAUGAUGGACAGCGAUGACCGAGUCCACGUCGUGGUCCCCUUGGUGAUGUCAGUGUGCGAUACGGCGACACAGGCGGACGAUGCCGUCCUGGUUUCUCUGUCGUUCCAGUUUGGGAAGCUCUGCAGUGGACUGGAAGGCUCUCUCUCAGACGAGCAGAAAGGCCGGCUGCUGCUGAGGUUUAAGGAGUUGAGUGUCGCUGGUCUGCACACUGAGGGGAACCAGACUGAGGGCAACACCGAGUCUACCCUGAUCCGCUGUAACUGCUGCUACAACCUGCCUGCCAUGGUGGUGUUUGCUGAUCCGGCUCACUUCCUGUCAGAGAUUUACUCGUCUUUCUCCAGUCUUUGUUGUGACCCCGAGGUCAGCGUUCGACGGAGUGCUGCAGCCACUUUCCACCAGGUGGUGAAGCUGCUUGGUUCAGACGCCCACCUGGUCCACAAGGAGCUCCUGGCUCUGCUGCAGGACGACUCCCUGGAGGUGUUGGACGCUCUGAUGAAUCACCUUGAGGAAACUCUGGAGGCUGUUCUUUCCAGAGGCGAAAACCUGACGCUGGACAACAAGCUCCCAGAGCUGCUGGCGGCUUUGCUGUUAGCGGAGCAGAAGGUUGGCUGCUCCCUGCGUUGGCGGCUGCACGAGAAGCUGCUGCAGCGUUACAGCUACCUGGCCAGACUGCUUCCUGGAGAAGUGCUGCACCAGAGCUUCUCCCCUCGCAUCUUCAUCAUCCUCACCACCAAUAAAGUGUUGCCCGUUCAGAGGGAGGCCGCUCGGACGUUCUGCACGUUCCUACGCUACAACCGCAAACAGGAGCAGCGUCAGGAGAUGAUGGAGCGGCUGAUCCAAGAUCUCGCUCAGGGGCGGAGCUACUGGAACCGCCUGAGGUUCCUGGACGUCUGUGAAACGGCCACCGAGAUCUUCUCCAGGAAAUACUUCAACAAACACUUUCUGAUCCCGGCGCUGGAGCUGGUCCACGACCCUGUCGCCAACGUCAGGUACAAGCUCUGCCAGCUGUUACCCAGACUCCGCUCAUCCCUCCAUCUGCCGACUGACAAACAGCUGCUGCAGCAACUGGACUUCUGCGUCCAGAAACUGCUCUGCAGAGAGAAGGACAAGGACGUGGUCGCCACCAUCCGCAAGACGGUGCUGGAACUGGACAAAGUGGACCUCACGGAGCCUUUUCACAAAAGGCAGGAGAGGGAUUUACUGGACCAGAAGAAGGAGAAGGAAGAGACUCUGCUGCUGGAGAUGGAACAGCUGGAGCGCCAGCAGGCCGAUGGGAAACUGAACUCUGAGAAACACACAGAGAGGAAACGAAGGGACAGCAAGACCAGUCUAUCCGCCACCAAAUCCAUGUCCGUGUCUUCAUCCGGAGCCACCUUCUCCUCCUCUGGUAAAGAGAUGAGGAAGGCCAAACUGUCCAGGAGUCGAUCCCUCAGCAGUCAGCCCACGUCGUCCAAAGCUGCCAACGCAGAGAGACCUCUGAAAGUGAAAGAUCUGAGCGGCACAUCUGGAACCGGGAAGUCCUCCAUGCUAUCAGCUAAAGACGACUCCUUCAGGACCGCCCACUUCAGCAUGGCAACCCAGUCCACCUCCUCCAUGCCGGUUCUGAUCCGCAGCAACACCACCAGCCUCCUAGACAGGGCCAGUACACUAGACCAUAGAAGUAGUACCAUGGACCACAGGACUGGCACUCUAGACCAGAGAGAUCAUAGAACCAAUAUACUGGACCACAGAACCGGUACUUUGGACCACAGAACCAGUACUUUGGACCACAGGACCAGUACUUUGGACCACAGGACCAGUACUUUGGACCACAGGACCAGUAACAUGGACCACAGAAAUAAUGUGAUGGACCACAGGACCAGUUCCAUUGACCAGAGAGACUACAGAACCGGUACCUUAGACCAGAGAGACCAUAAAACCAGUGCUAUGGACCAGAGAGAGCACAGGACCAGUACCUUGGACCAGCGCAGUAAAACGAUGGACCGGGGCUGCGGAAUGAAGGACAGCCAGUCCAGGAAGCUGACGAUAAACAGGAAGUCGAACUCUUUCAGCGUCCAAUCAGCACGAGACUGAGGAUGACGUCAUUCUAAAGCUACCGGGGCCAUCACCCAAUCAGCAGUCAUCUUCAGAGUACUAGGAUGAAUGCUGAACGUUACCCAGAAUGCACCAGACAGUAACUAACAGAGACACACUGUUUGUAACCACUGAGCUGCUUUUAUUUUGAAAACUCUGUACUGUAACGAUCUGUUCCUGUCGCCUGAUUGGCUCAGUAAAAUCCACACCUACUAACUCAA